CCUAAUAAUGCGCUUCUUUUUUCUGUUUGCAGUAGCCGUUUUGGCUUCCUCGGCCAGCGCCCACCCAGGUCCUCACGCUGCUCCAUCCAAUGCUGAAAUGGCUCACAAAGCGAGGCUCUCCAGCCGGUGCGCACAGCAUGUUGCUCGAUUCAACGAUAGACGUUGGAAAAGAAACCUCGGCCAUAGUGGUAAUACGACUGUGCAAAUCCAGACGCAGGCCCCUCAUUAUGACGCGCUGCAGAAUGACACCUGCGUCUUGUCCCCUGAGGUAACCGCCGGUCCUUACUACUGGCCACGGUCUCAGUUCCUUCGUCAGGAUAUGACAGAAGAUCAAGUUGGAAUUCCUCUGUGGCUGGAUAUUGGAGUUAUGGACAUGGCUACGUGCAGUCCCUUGGAAGGCGUGAUGGUCGAUCUCUGGCACUGCAACGCGACGGGUAGCUACUCCAGCUUCACUAAACUGUCUCCCAAUACCAAUUUCCCCGCACUUCUUGCUGAGCAGGGCCUGAAUGCUUCAGACUUUGUUGUCGGCAGCACUGAUAUACAUACUGACUCCGAAACCUGGCUUCGGGGCAUGUGGCCAACCGAUGACCACGGAAUGAUGCAGAUGAAGACUAUAUUCCCUGGAUUCUACGUUGAGCGAGCUAUCCAUAUCCACGUCCAAGUCCACACCGACUGGACCACCCGCGAAAACGGAACCCUGGUCUUUGAGAAUACUGUCAGCACCGGGCAGUUAUAUUUCGACGAAAAGCUCGAAGAAAAGAUCAUGGGGGUGGAGCCUUACUCUUCCCAUACGCAGAUCAACCGCACUCGUAAUGACGUUGAUAUGGAAUUCUCGAAAGGCACUGCGAAUGGUUACAACCCGGUCGUCUCAGUCGUGCCGGUCGAUGAAAACGAUCUUGCCAAGGGUCUGAUCGGGUACAUCACUAUCGGUGUGGACACUUCAGCCAUUGAGGAUGAGCAUUGGUCUGCAUCUUGAACUCUUCAACCUGGACACAUUGUUGUAUCGUUUACUGUGUAGGAAGGAGGGCAGGAACAAAGGGAAUGUGAUGGGA